AUGCCAAACUUGGAUCCAAGCUACCUCGAUGCACCAGCCAUACCGGCUCCUGCAGGACAUGUAUCGGACUUUGAGCAUCCUGGUGGCAUUCAUCGAUUGGCCUAUUUUGCUAUCAUUCUCUGCGGUGCCCUGGCAGCCCUCUCAUCGCUAUUUCGAAUCGCUUCUCGUAUCAUGAAGAAACCUCGGCACAUUGGCAUCGGGGACUUUCUGUUGGUUGCAGCACUGGGUCUAUACUCGGGCUUUCUUUACCUAUGCUACGAAAUUGCCCGAUUUCCUGGUUUCCUUGUCCAUGAAUGGAACAUCAGACUGCGGGAUACCGUUGACUUCUCCUGGCGACUUCAUCUUGCCUCCAACUUCUACGGCCUUACCCUACUUUGUUUAAAAUUGGCCAUCCUGAUCGACUGGUUGCAUCUAUUCAACCCUAGAAUGCAGCGGAACACGGUAUUCUGGACCAUCCAUGUGCUGCUUAUCAUGAACACCAUCUACUACAUAUCCGCGUUUUUCUUGGAUAGAUUCCGUUGCAGUCCAAUCGAGAAGACUUGGAACCCUUUGUAUGUCGGCGGAAGUUGUCCGAUAGACGCAAACGCUUUGAACAUUGUUUCUUCACUCCUGAAUUUGAUUUCCGAUUUCAUCAUUCUUCUCCUCCCUCAGUGGAUCAUCUGGAGGUUGAACUUGACCAAGGCCAAAAAACUUGGUGCCUCUCUACUUUUCGUGAUAGGAAUUUUUGCUACGGCUUGUGGGAUAGCACGAAUGGUCUAUUCGAUCGAAACCCUCUACUCGAAGGACUACACCUACAUCUACACCACGGUCGGACUGUGGAGCCUUGGCGAACUCACAUCCGGUUUCCUCGUCAUCGGCGUCCCUUCGAUUCCCAAAGUUUACCGCAGCCUUUACUCACAGCCCGACUCUAUCGUGCAUACCAUGGCCACCAGGCUUCGGGGUACACGCACGGCGGACUCGGGUGGAGGCGCAGGACGAGCUCAUCACGUCGAGAGCGGCAGUGGCAGCGCGAACUUGCCAUCGUGGUUCACACCUCGGCCAUCAAGCCAAUCGCGGGAUAUGUGGAACAUCACCAGAGACGACGGCUAUGGUUUGCUGCCGGACCAACAUGGGAGAGCUGCUUACGUAGAGGCGUAUCCGGACCCUGCAUCCAGCGUAGAGCUUCCAGAAUACGCCAUAAUACGGGAAACGCGGGUACAAAUCAGCAGUCAGCCAAGACUUUACAGUGACGGAUCGAUCAAGUGGCAGGACCCGAAGUAG